GUUGUCCUUGACCCCCAGCAUUGCCCCUUCCCUCCCUCUCCAGCUCUCUGGUGGCUCUGCAGUGACCGGGAAGGGUCGAGGACCUGCUGGUGGCCUGGGACAGGAGGGACAGGACAGUGCCAGGGAGAAGGUGCAGGGAUUCGGGGAGCAGCUGGAGACGUGGCCAUUGUCUGCCCCAGCUGCCAGAGCCUUGGGGACACAUCCAGCACCAUCCUGACUGUACCAGCACCCUGUGAAGGGCCAGUGACACCACCAUGUCCCAGGCAGGAGGAGCUGAGGAGACCUUUGAGCACCGUGACGUGGUCAUCAACACCCAGGACAAGGUCUCGGAUCUGUACACGCAGCUGGAGAAGCUGGGAGAGGGGAAGUUCGGGAAGGUGUACCGGCUGCAGGAAAAAGCCUCCGGCAAAAUCCGGGCUGGGAAGUAUUUCCGGACCCGGACGGGCAAGGAGAGGGAGGCGGCGCGGGCAGAGGUGGAGCUGAUGAACCUGCUGCAGCACCCCCGCCUGGUGCAGUGCCUCGCCGCCUUCCAGGGCCCCGCAGAGCUCGUCAUGGUGAUGGAGUACGUGGCAGGGGGGGAGCUCUUCGAGCGCAUCGUGGACGAUGACUUCGAGCACACGGAGCCCAGCAGCGCCCAGUACGUGCGGCAGAUCCUGGAGGGGCUGCAGUUCAUGCACGGCAGGGCCAUCGUCCACCUCGACCUCAAGCCCGAGAACAUCGUCUGCGUCAGCCCCGACAGCCACCGCCUCAAGAUCAUCGACUUCGGCCUGGCACGGAGGCUGGCUCCAGACACCCCUGUGAAGGUGUUACACGGCACCCCUGAGUUCAUGGCCCCAGAAGUGGUGGCCUUCGAGCCCGUGAGCUUCUCCACGGACAUGUGGAGUGUUGGCGUCAUCUGCUACAUCCUGCUGAGCGGGGAGUCCCCCUUCCAGGGGGACACGGACAUGGAGACGCUGAGCAACAUCACGGCUGCCCGGUGGGACUUCGAGGAGGAGACCUUCUCCGAGAUCUCCCCCCAGGCCAAGGACUUCAUCAGCCAGCUGCUGCAGAAGGACCCCCGGCACCGGCUGUCCAGUGCAGGGGCUCUGCUGCACCCCUGGCUGCAGCACCCCCAGCCCAGCAGCUCCAAGGUGCUGUCCAAGGACAGGAUCAGGCAGUUCCUGACGCGGCGCAAGUGGCAGAAAACAGGGAAAGCCCUGCUGGCCCUCAACAGGCUGACCCUGCUGUCCCAGAGCCUGGAGAGGAAGGUGUCAGAGGCUCAGGAUGAGGAAGGCCUGGGCUGCAGCCCACAAGAGGAACAACCCUUCACAGCUCUGCCCACACGAGGUCCUGGUUCCUCAGAGCUGCUGACAGACCAAGAGCAGGAGGAUGGUGGGAGCACUGCAGCCCCAGCGGAGACAGAGAGCAGUGACGGCGUGGCAGUGUCACCCUCCUCCUCAACCACUUAGAGCAGCUGAGGAAGAGGAGCAGCUCAAAAGGUGACCCCUCCAGCCUGUGGUGGAUCCAGACCCCCUCUCCUGUGGUGAGCUCUGGGGUGCCACAGUGUCCCUGUGCUGGUGUGGGGACAGCUGUACCUGCUGUCCCUGCAAGGAGCCCAUGCUCCUGUCUCUCCAUGGCCACCCAGGCUCGAGCUGUCACCA